AAUAAAAUAAUAUUGUUCAUUGUCUGAUUGUUUUGCGCGCACGCAGAUUUUGCUUCUCAACUACUCAAUAAAACCUGCACACUCUCUACCACCACCGCCCCCCCACCCACACACACACAUAUAUAUAUAUAUCAUCUAUACAUAUAUAUAUACAUCCUCGGAAACACACACUACACACUUUUUUCACACACACUCGAUCACAUACAAACACAGGAAGAAUUUUAUGAAGCUGGGAAUAUAUAAUAUAUAAUACACAUACAAUUCUUGAAUAUAUAUUAAUUAUAAAAAAGAAUUAGCUAGCGGCUAGGUCUGAUUCUGAAUAUAUAUAAAUAAAAAUGGAGACAGAUAAUUCGGCCGCAGUUGAUGACUGUACAAUCUGUAAACAACAUGACGAAGAAGAAGAAGAAGAAGAAGAAGAAGAAGAAGAAGAGAAGCAUAUUUUUCAUGUAUUGGCUGUGGAUGACAGUAAUAUUGACAGAAAGCUUUUGGAGAGGCUCCUCACCGUUUCUUCUUACCAAGUUACUUGUGUGGAAUCUGGAGACAAGGCUCUGGAAUAUCUGGGGUUACAAGAAGAGAAUAAUAAUGAAUGUGAAAGAGAUGAUGCAGCACAAUUAUCCACAACUACUACUACUACUACCAUUCUUAAUUCUUGUGCAUUUUCCUCUAACUCAUCAUCAUCUCCCCAAUUACAGAACAAGUUGCAGGCAUCAUCAAAAGUCAACCUGAUCAUGACAGAUUAUAGCAUGCCAGGAAUCAGUGGCUACGAUUUGCUCAAACGAAUCAAGGAUUCUUCUUGGAAAGACGUCCCAGUUGUAGUAAUGUCCUCAGAGAAUGUCCAAUCAAGAAUCAACAUGUGUUUGGAAGGAGGAGCAGAAGAGUUCUUGUUGAAACCGGUGAAACUAUCAGACUUGAGGAAACUCCAUUCCCAUCUGGUGAUGAAUACGGAUUCCUGCAGUGAGAGUUUUCCUACAGUACUUGAUAUUGAUAAUCAAGACUCCAUCAUCUGUUGCGAAGGAGAAAUUGAUAAGAAUUGCAGUAUUACUAACAAGAGGAAGGCAACUUUGGCAACAUCUUCUGAUCUCUCCGACAGAAGGCCCCGUGUCCAAUAACUGCCUGUUUCCUAGGUAAUAAUACUAUUUUUAGUAUGUUAUACCGAAAACUAAUGUCAUCAAUGACAAAUUAUCAAAAACUUACCCAAAAAAAAGUCAUCAGUGACGAGAGAGUAUGUAAUGUAAAAGUUUUUUUUUUUUUUUUAGUAAUGGAGUAUUAUUCGGCAC